AUGCAUGGCCCGACCAAGAUAAGUUUUUGGUCAAAUACCGACCUUGAUGAACCGGGUAAGAAACAAAGUGAGUAUGACUUCACACAAGCCAUGCAAAUGCUGGGCCUGGACGAUGCUGCCAAUGCCAAAGAUGAUCCGUCCAGCGUACAAGGUGCUUAUUUGUCGUUCCUUCAUUUGCGUCAUUUGAAGUUACGUGACGUGAUGCGUACGUUUGUUCGCAUGGUUCACAAAUCUAUCCCAUUCAUUCGUUUUCAGUGUCUAUCUGUACUGAACUAUUUCCGUUCGAUUGAAAGAACCCUCACAAUCAAUGAUCAGGGAUUAUCCAUGAGUGCACGUGGACCGGUGGAAAGAACGAGUCCGCAAAACCAUAGAACUGGCACAGAAACACAGGGACAUCAAGGAGGUGGCAACAUACUGGAUGGUCAUGGUUAUUUGUUCAAUACACCACAUGAAUUCAAAAUUCGUGAAACGGAAUUCAUACAAUUUUCCGAAGUAGACAAUCACGAUGAUUAUUAUUUUCAUGAAGAGGGUCGAGUACAUGUGCGGGAUCAGGUUGGAUUUUGGAUCGUCUACGACAGUGCACUAGAUGACUUUCGACAAUUGGAACAAGAUAUGCUGCUACUGGCCACUGCUUUCAUUCAGAAAGACACGGGGACACGAGGCGCAUCGAAUUUCAAGCGCAAGCAAGCCAACACUGAAGGGCAAGCCAACGAUAUCGAUAUCGCUAUGUAUUCGCAUCGGGAAGUGGAUCGUUUUGGUGUUCUGUACGACAUGUGGAUCAAUGAGACUGCAUUUCAAGAAGCAAAAAAGCGACUCAUGGAUAUCUAUAUGGAAGUCUACGGGCACAUUUUCUCCAGAGACAGUCGUCGCCGAUUGGCUCAAGUAAUGACUGAUCUGAUGUAUCAACGACCGCGUCUGGACUUGAACGAGAACUAUUUCGUUCAGGCCUAUCGAUACGAGUGCGCGAUUCUGCGUCAGAGAACCGAAGCGAUGAGAUGUAUUCUGAAUCAUCAGAUACUCAAUCAACGGGAAUAUUUAAAGAAAAUCCAAACGGAUAAACUAGAAUUCGGUCUACCUCCUCCGCUUCUGGAACGAUUCCCCAUAGCUCCAAAUUCCGACGAAUUCCUGCUCACUCCGGUCUACGUGUUGGAAUUCCACCCGUCUUUGGCUUGUACAUCCAGUUUGGCCGAAGCUAUGGAUCAUAGUGUUCGACUGGUAUAUGACCUGUUCACACCUUCUCAUCCAAUGCAAGAGAUCAUAUUGGAAAAACGAUUCUAUGAUUUUCUGCGUUAUGAAGUGGAAACACUGAAGCCUCUUGGAGCGUCUUAUACGCCACAGUUGCAGCGUGAUGUAAGUGAAUUGCAGCAACCAGAACCGGCGCACAAAAUUACAUGGGUAACGGUGAUAAAAACUGAACCGAAUUUCAGGGGCAUGAAUAGAAAUGUACGUCACGCUGAGAACAGAAAUAACAAUACAGGUCUGAAAGUGUACAGUAUAAACUGUGUGGAGAUCUUCAUACAUUGGUAA